UUUUUACAUCGGUCGUUUCAACCAUCCUUUUAACGAAAUUAGCGGAGAUCUGCAAGGCAGCACUCAGCUAUCAUAGCUCUUGAUUCUUUGUAUCUUAAUUUCUUCAUCUACAAGAAAAGACGCCAUUUUUGUCUCUCAAGGCCAAUUCGCGUGCUCGAUCUCUGCAACGGAGCGAUGUCGACGAACACUAGCUCUGACCCGAACUGCAAGUCUAAGUCAUCGAUUCAUCUCCUAAACGUGGAUGAAAUGAAGAGUGUUUUCAACCGCUUCGACGCCAACGGCGACGGCAAGAUCUCUUCCGACGAGCUUGCAGGCGUCCUCAACGCCCUAGGAUCCGCCACUUCAAAGGAGGAAAUCAGCCGCGUCAUGGAGGAGGUUGACUCCGACCGCGACGGCUUCAUCAGCUUUGACGAGUUCGCUGCGUUUUACCAGGCCGAGGAGUCCGACGGCGGAGCCUCCAAGCUCCGAGAUGCGUUCGAUGUGUACGACAAGGACAAGAACGGGCAGAUCUCGGCGGAGGAGCUGCGCCUCGUGCUGAACUGCUUGGGCGAGAGGUACACGGCCGAUGAAUGUUCGAAGAUGAUCAGGUCCGUUGAUUCAGACGGUGAUGGGAACGUCAACUUUGAGGAGUUCAAGAAGAUGAUGUCGACCUCCAAAGGCUCGGGGUCGAAAUAAUUAAUAUGCAAAACGGGCGGUGAGCCGAGUGGAUUUUUUCUUUAGGAGCCACAUUAUUUGGAAGGAUAGAGUUCUCUUCAAGAUUCAGACUUUAUCAGAACUUUGACUUCAAACAGGAUUGAAAUACAGUUUGUUCCAGAUUAGAAGGCCGUACAAGACUCUCAAUCCUGACAUGUGCAUGAUUUUCUGCGAGUCCAAUGAAGAACUAGUGCUCAACCCUUCAUACAUUGAAUAAAGUGCCCUUUUUGUUUUGGUGAAGAUUGGUGCCAUAUGGAACUCUGGGCAAUUUUUGCUUGUUAGAUAUUGGGCGCCGCUAGGAAGUGCAAUGAAGAGUCCAUUUAUCAAUUAUAUUUUUAUACACCAUUCUAAAGUAUGUUGUCUCUUUAUCAUCUUGUUUUCCUUUGUAUCUUUGUUUCCCUUUAUGCUGAUACAUUGCUUUCUUACCUUUUUCUAUCAUGGUAGACCUCCUCUUAUAAACCAAGUGAAGGGUGGAGCAUUUUUAUCA